AUGGCUGGUGUAAAGCGAAAAUUAAGUACCGAGUCAGAUGUUCAUGCUCUUCACAAAGAACUGGAUGAGGUCUCAUGUCCUGUUUGCAUGGACCACCCACAUAAUGCUGUUCUCCUGCUGUGCAGCUCUCACGACAAAGGCUGCAGAUCCUACAUCUGCGACACCAGUUACCGCCACUCCAACUGCCUCGACCGGUUCAAGAAACUGCAAUCCGAAUCCCCUAACGACCCUUCUGCUCCCGAGGCUAAUGAGUCUCAGAACGAGCGAAGCAGUUUCCACCGAGUCUCUGGUGGAGAUUCGGAACCUCUGCGGAGGAGAAGGAGAGUGGAAGAAGAAGAACACUCUGAGGAGAGCACAAACUUGAAAUGUCCGCUUUGUAGGGGCUCUGUGUUAGGAUUUAAAGUUGUAGAAGAAGUGAGAAGCUAUCUCGAUUUGAAGAACAGAAGCUGCUCUCGAGAGUCUUGCUCGUUUACCGGUCACUACCAGGACUUGCGCCGCCAUGCGAGAAGAACACACCCGUCUACUCGUCCUUCAGACACUGAUCCGUCGAGAGAGAGAGCUUGGAGACGCCUCGAGAACCAGAGAGAGUACGGAGAUAUAGUCAGUGCGAUACGUUCUGCGAUGCCUGGUGCUGUUGUGGUAGGAGACUAUGUGAUAGAGAACGGUGGAGAUAGGUUCUCAGGGGAGAGGGAAGCUGGAAACGGAGGAGGAAGCGAUCUUUGGACGACUUUGGUGUUGUUUCAGAUGAUUGGUUCUCUUGACAACAAUGGAGGCUCUAGUGGUGGUAGUGGUAGUGGUGGUGGCAAUGGUGGAGGAGGAUCAAGAUCUCAUAGGUCUAGAGCGUGGAGGAAUCAUCGGCGUUCUUCUUCUGAUAGACGAUACCUUUGGGGUGAGAAUCUGUUGGGUCUGCAAGACGAGCAUAAUGAUAACCACAAUGAUGGUGAAGAGCUGCGGUUAGAGGCUGAAACGGGGAAUGCGUCGAGCCAUGUGCCAAGAAGAAGACGGAGGUUUGGACGUCCUGGUUCGAGCGGAAACCAUCCGCGAUGA